AUGUGGAAACUCUUUGUUUUAUUGCUUUCAAGUAUCAUUGGAGAUGUGACUGCAGAAACUGUGAAUCCGAGGCUAACAUUGCUAAAUAACUUUUUGAACAACAAUAAGAAUGCGUUGAAAUCCAGUAGAAACGAUACAGUUCUAACGAAAGCCGUUGCCAGCUCAUUGAACUUAACCAGCACCUCAAAUGCCUUGCAAGAUGAGUCCAGCGCUCAAUUGGUACUUUCGGAUGCAACGGCUACGUGUGAUUCUGGAUGGAAACAAUGGAGUGGUAAUGGGAUGUGUUAUAAGAUUUCGACUACUGACACGACGUGGUAUGCUGCUGAAGAUUGGUGUUACAGUCAAAGAUCUGGAUCUCAUCUGACUUCGAUUCAUAGUCAAGCUGAAGCACAGUGGAUUGCAGCAACAUACAUUUCGGGUGGUUGGUUUCCGUACAUGGACAAUUGGGUGGGAUUGAGGAGAAGUUGUGACAACACUACUUACGUUUGGACCGAUGGAACUCCAGUCGACUACCUUUGGUGGCAACCUGGCUAUCCUGGAUCAGGUGAUCCAGAGAAAAGUUGUGUAACAAUUUGGGUGACCUCGCUGCUCAAACUGAACCCAGCAUAUACACCUGGGCAGUUUGAUGACAUUUGGGAUUGUGGAACUAACUUGGCUACACCCACAUGCAAAUAUGAUCCUACCUCAAGAGAUUGCUCAUCAACUUGUGAUCAGUUUUGGGUUGGAUACAAAGGAGGAUGUUAUGGAAUAGUACGAGGAACUGCCAACUUUGAGACAGCUAAAUUGGCAUGUGAAGCAUUUGGAGGAGAAAUGGCAGUGAUCACAGAUUCUGACAUGAAUGAAGCAAUGAGAUUGGCAUUCAGUACAAAUGACGACAGUGGGAUUGCUAAUCAGGCAUGGAUUGGAGCGUCUCCGUAUUCAAAUUGGGCACCAGGAAAACCAAAUAAAGCACAAGGAACACAGUAUACAAGUUAUUGCAAUGUGAUGGUACUAUCUAUUGUGGAUGGUGGUCAGGACUUUGGAUUUUCUCGCGGAGUUUGGACUGAUUAUCCAUGCGAACUGAAUCAAAACUACGUAAUUUGUAAACAUCUUUAA